AUCAUGUAUGUUUUGUCAAAUAAACGCGUUAGUGAGACAAUGCAGCUCCUACAGUUAUCUGUAUGAAGACUAAGACAUGGCACGUGACAUUCCUGGUGAACCCCUGUGUUGAUGACAAUCACGCUGGACUUAACAAGACCUGACUUAGUGUUCUGUGGUCUCGGAGUUAAGAAGCUGAACAUCCCCCUAUGGACGGGAAACUUAGCGUAGCAUCGUGUGGCUUCACUUCUAUUUUACUUGUUGAAAAGACCGCUUUGUGUAUUUCCUAUGAUGUUCAGUUGCCGCUUUGCUUCCUUUAUGCACCCUUCUUUGGCGUCACAGUGCUGCCCAGUGUGAGGAAACAUUUUGUUUUGAAAAAAAUCACAACAGAAAAUAUACAGACAAAAUAAAAAGCCACUCAUACUGAUUUUAGUUGUUCCUUUACUCUUCCUCUCGCUUGUAUCUCACAGCAGCAGAAUAGAGAGGGAUGGCGCGUGGUGCGGCUCUGGUGGCGACGCUGAUGGUGAUGGUGGUGGUGGUGGUCGUGGUGGUGGUGGUGGCGACUGCUGCUGAUGUGCCAUUCGUUGAUACCAGGGAUGGCCGCGUCUCAGGCAUUGUGGAGGAAUCGGUGAAGGGCCGAGACUUCUCGUCAUUUUACGGCAUUCCCUACGCUCGGCCACCACUGGGGAGGCUGCGAUUCAAGGAUCCCGAGCCCUUCCCAGACUGGGGGGCCAUGGGGGAAGCCUCCAUUCCCGCCCCGCCGUGCAUCCAGUAUUUCUCCGCAGCAGAGAGAGUCGGAAUAAAGGAAGUGCUGGGUGAGGAGGAUUGCCUGUACCUCAACGUGUUUGUGCCCAAGGUGAGGCAGAGAACCACGGAGAGACUGCUUUAAUCUGUGACAUGUGAACCUAAGAGCAUAAGGGAAGCUGGGAGAAGAAAGUAGGCCUACACGUACUAGGUGACAGUCCUUGUCUAAAACCUGUGUCCACCUGCCUUCCCGAUCAGUAAAUUUAACUAAUCCUUUUUUAAAGCUCCCAGGUGACUCGGUACUAGUAGGCUGAUUACUGCAUAUAUUCCAGUCAUCUACCACUCUAUCUGAGAACCAAUUUCUUCCCUUUUUUUUAU